UCGUUUUUUUUUUUUUUUAACCGUUACUUACCACUUAGCAGGGCAGCAGAACGACUGAGGCAACAACUAAUCGAAUGGCUCCGAAGAAAUUAAGCAUAGCAUGGGAACUGGCAUCGUGGCAGCGCUGGCGCUUUACAGCUCCAGGGUCACCAUUUCGAGCCAAAGCUCAAAUUACCGUGUGUAGAAUCUAACAUGCGCUCACUGUAACUGUGUGGGUUUCCUCCAGGUUCUCUGGUUUCCUCCCAAAAACAUGUCAGUAGGUCAGCUGGCUACACUAAAUUGCCCUAAGUGUGUGUGAAUGUGUCUGUGAGCAUGCUGUCAUGCCAUGGAGUCCCAUCCAGGAUGUGUUCCCAGCUGGAAAGGUUCUGGAUCUACUGCAACCCUGACAAGAAUAAAGUGCUCGCUGAAGAUGGAUGAAAGCCUUUGUUACGCAAUUAAAUAUUGGUAGUAAUUUGAGUCGAUCGCACUUGCAUUCAAGUACUUUUAAGGGUUUUUAUCAUCUAUUCGAGGGACUUAUCAGUUCUUUUACAUGCUAUAAAAGUUUAUAAACAAAUUUAGUAGCAGCGUACGUUUCAACAUGACAUCAUGUGGUAAAAGGGCUGAUCUCAGAGCGGUCAUAUUGUAAUGAGCGAGGAGAAGUGGUGACUCGGUGGAUAAGGUUGCAAUCCUAGGACUGUCAGAAACCCAACUGCAUGCAAUCGGUGUUUAAUUUGAAUAAAAGCAUUACGGAAAUAAAUGCAGCGAUGUUGACGUUACCUGGUUUGGCAUGUGCUUUUCAAUAACGUCCUUCCACGUGUUCUUCUAAAAUGUUGACGUAACUUGUUGGCUAAGUGGUUUUUCCGCGCACCUCUUGGGUUGGGGGUUCGAAUCCCGCCUCAGCCCCGUGUGCUCGAAUUUCGCAUGUUCUCCUCAUGAUUCCGGACGUUUCCUCCGGGUACUCUGGUUUCCUCCCCCAGUCCAAAGACACGGAUUGUAGGCUGAUUGGCAUUUCCAGAUUGUCCGUAGUAUGUGAACGGGUGUGUGAAUGUGUGAUUGUGACUUGUGAUGGGUUGGCACGCCGUCUAAGGUGUCCCCCGAAUUGUGUCCCAAGUUCCCCUGGGAUAGGCUCCCUGCUACCCUGUGUAGUAUUAAGCGUUAUGGAAAAUGGGUCGAUGUUAAUGUAAAAUAAUAGGGCACGUAACUGUUAGACUAAGCUAAUUUAUCCACAAGCGUCGAGCUACUUUUACAUUAGUGAUGCACUGACAACAACUGAGUCAACGAAUAACCGAAAAUCCCCUAAACGUAUCUUUUCUUUUCUUUUCUCCCCCCCUCUAAAGGGUCAGCCGACAAAUUUAAAAAAAAAAGCGUAAACACCCUGCUGAAAACAAAACAAAAAAACAAUAGAAACCAUCACGGAAAUUCUAAUGGUUUCCACUACAUUUCCCUUACAAACUAUCAGCUGUAAACCAUUACCAUUAUUGGUCCUUAAUGGUAUCCACUAGAUGUAACAUGCCACCAAUAGCAGGCAACAAAUUACGCACAGGGACCAAUACAGUUUCCAUUAGAACCAUUACAAAUCCUGUAUUGUUUCAUCUACUUCUCCUUCAGGGAAAAUGUGUAGCUCAGCUUUGACCACUGCUAUCAUCUGCUGUUAAUUUCCAUCUCCAACCCCCCCAUGCACUCGGGUUUAUUACAGGAAAAGUUUGCCAGUUCUUCUGAUGAACAAAUCUGAAUACGUCGAGCUGUGUAAGUGCAAGACGAGACGCCAGUUGGAUUUUCUCCACUGGGUUCUUUUUUUUUUUUUUGCACAUACUGUUUUACUAGUAGGAUAACGUGUAUGGGUUUUAGGACAUAACCCGAUGUUAAACUCCCCCCAUUUCCCGACCCACCUCAGGCCCACAUGGCCGGGCUUCUCGCUUCCUGUCCAGGCGGAUCACCUCGCCAGUUCCAGAUGGAGAAGAUUAAUGCGCACGUUCCGGCGGUGUAAGGAUCCUGUCCGUGUGGGAUUGUAAUCUUUUGCUUUUUCUCUUCAAUAACUUGGUGCAAAAUGAAGUGAAUAUGGUGGCGCUGAGAAAGCUGGGGUUUAAUAAUGUACACUGUGAUUUACUUUUACUUCUAAACCUACUAACAGGGGGUGAAACCACGGCGGUGUCGGUGAGUUCAAGGCUGUUAGGUGUGGUUUCUCCCUAGUGUUGGGGAAAAUAAUCUUCUACACAGAUCAGACUAUAUGUAUGUAGUUGUUUUAGUGCAGGUUACCGUUCUUUUGAAGUUUUUUUUUAAAAAAAAACAACCCUCUGUCUGAUUAUUAUUAUUAUUAUUAUCUUUUGUAAACAGGUAUAAUCAGUUAUCAAUCAACGUUUGAAGUUUACUUGAGAACCUUUUGUCUUUUUUUUUCUUUUCUUUUUUCUUUUACUUGUGUCCAGCUUCAAUCCAAGGAUAGGAUUAAAUAAUCCGAUUUCUAUCUGAUCCCAGGCACGUUUAUUGAGCUGACCACUGAAGUCAUGAGGGCUUCAUCCUCACGCUUAUCCAGCUUUUCUUCCAGAGACUCUCUAUGGAGCCGCAGGGAAGGCUGUGCUGUUGUGGCAUUUUUGCAGAAAAGAAAAGCCUGCAGAUCCCAUUAUGCAUGCAGGGUUCAAGAAACCUGGACUGUAUUUAGUUUGUGAUUGGUCAAAGAAAUGGUGGGAGGGGGGCGGAGCCAAUGCUUUAGAAACCAAACAAUGCUUUACACUAUAUUGAAUAUGUAAGGUCUGUAUAUUUAUCUUACAUUGUAAUGGGGUUGUAUUUAUUAUUCUGUGGAACUAUGUAUGAGCCAGGAGAUUAAAUGUAAUGUAACCAUAAACAACCCAGUCAGCGAGAUUAUUUUGCUGCAUGAGGUAUUCUUUAUUGAAAAUGUGCAGCUGUUUACAUGAACGAGCGCCAGGCAGUAAAUAAACAAUAAACUAUUAAAGCAUGUUGCCAAAUUUAGUUCUACAUCAGCAGAAGGGUACUACAUCAAAUUACUAAAAAAAUAUACGUUUACACACACACAUAUAUAUAAACGUAUUUUGAGAUACUAUGUAGUACAGUAAUGUGCUGUUGUGAAGGCAGUGGCGCAUGCGCAGAUGAUCUCCGUGUUUCCGGGGUGGGCGGGGCUCCAGCUCCGUGCAUGCGCUCAUGUCAGAGAGAGAGAGAGAGAGAGAGAGAGAGAGAGCGCGCGGACCGGAGGAAAGCGGAGGAAAAGAGAAAGGGAGGAAAAAAAAACCUCCACAGAAUGAAAACGCUACACGGGCCACUGAAAUACUGAUCAUUAGAUAUUUAAAAAGAAACAUAUUAGACUCCUAAAGCCAGCGCUGUUCGGUCGAUGUGUCGGCGGCUCGAGGAACGGGGAUGGUUUUUUGAUCGUAUUAUCGGGGAGUGUGAAGCGUCCCGUCGUUUGUGAUUAGACUCGGAUACAAGAGGGCGAUCAGACCAGAGGAAACGGGAAGGAGGUGGAAAUCACAUGCGGAUCGAGUCUCAUUGAGGACGGAGCACACACACACACACACACACGCGCACGCGCGCGCGCACACACGCGCGGCUACAUCCAAAAGCCGCGGGUUGGGUUCUCAUCACACAGCAGAGAGAAAGAUCACUCCGCCACCCAGCUUGUGUUUGUGAUUAAUGGUGCUGCAUCUCUGAUAUAAAAUUGUCUCCUCCAUCUUUACCGUCCGAUCGCGUUUCAAGGAUGCCGGACCAGAUCUCCGUGUCCGAGUUUCUGUCGGAAACCACAGAGGAUUACAACUCCCCGACCACCUCGAGCUUCACCACCCGCUUACAGAGCUGCAGGAACACGGUCAGCGUGCUGGAGGAGGCGCUGGAUCAGGACCGAACGGCUCUACAGAAGGUGAAGAAGUCAGUCAAAGCAAUCUACAACUCGGGGCAAGAGCAUGUGCAGAAUGAGGAGAAUUACGGACAGGCUCUGGACAAGUUCGGGAGUAACUUCAUGAGCCGGGACAGCUCGGACCUGGGGGCCGCCUUCAUCAAGUUCUCCGGUCUGGUGAAAGAGCUUGCAGCUCUGCUCAAAAACCUGCUCCAGAGCCUCAGCCACAAUGUGAUCUUCACCCUGGACUCUUUGCUGAAAGGCGACCUGAAAGGAGUGAAAGGGGAUCUCAAAAAACCCUUCGACAAAGCCUGGAAAGACUACGAGGCAAAGUUUACGAAGAUCGAGAAGGAGAAGCGAGAGCAUGCCAAACAGCACGGGAUGAUCCGCACGGAGAUCACGGGAGCCGAGAUAGCCGAGGAGAUGGAGAAAGAGCGCAGGAUCUUUCAGCUACAGAUGUGUGAAUAUCUGAUCAAAGUGAAUGAGAUAAAGACUAAGAAGGGCGUGGACCUCCUCCAGAACCUCAUCAAGUAUUAUCAUGCACAGUGCAACUUUUUCCAGGACGGCCUGAAAACCGCUGACAAGAUGAAGCAAUAUAUCGAGAAAUUAGCAGCUGAUCUCUAUAAUAUAAAGCAGACACAGGAUGAGGAGAAGAAACAGCUAACUGCUCUCAGAGACCUGAUCAAAUCCUCCUUACAGCUAGACCAGAAAGAGGACUCUCAGAGCAAGCAGAGUGGAUACAGUAUGCAUCAGCUUCAGGGCAAUAAGGAGUUUGGCAGUGAGAAGAAGGGCUAUCUGAUGAAGAAGAGUGAUGGGCUGCGGAAGGUGUGGCAGAGGAGGAAGUGUUCAGUGAAGGGUGGCAUCCUGACCAUCUCUCAUGCCACGUCCAACCGACAGCCAGUUAGACUUAACCUGCUUACCUGUCAGGUUAAACCAGGCGAGGAUAAGAAGUGCUUCGACCUAAUCUCCCAUAAUCGCACAUAUCAUUUCCAGGCAGAAGAUGAGCAGGAGUUUGUGAUAUGGAUAUCCGUGCUGACUAACAGUAAGGAGGAGGCUCUGAACAUGGCAUUCCGAGGUGAACAGAGUGCUGGGGAUGACAGUCUGGAGGAUCUGAGCAAAGCCAUCAUCGAGGACGUGCUACGCAUACCUGGCAACGAGGUGUGCUGCGACUGCGGAGCGCCAGAGCCUAAAUGGUUGUCUACUAACCUGGGCAUCCUGACCUGUAUCGAGUGUUCAGGGAUCCACAGAGAGAUGGGCGUCCAUAUUUCACGCAUACAGUCCAUGGAAUUGGACAAACUAGGCACCUCUGAACUCUUGCUGGCCAAGAAUAUAGGAAACAGUAGUUUUAAUGAAAUCCUGGAGGGGAACCUGCCGAGCCCCUCGCCAAAGCCUACGCCAUCCAGUGACAUGACCGAGAGGAAGGAGUUCAUCAAUGCCAAGUACGUAGAGCAUCGGUUUGCACGGCGCACAGCGACCACAGCCACGGCGAGGCAAGGCGACCUGUAUGAGGCGGUCAGGACUCGAGACUUGCUGGGGCUCGUGCAGCUCCAUGCUGAUGGAGUGGAGCUACUGGAACCAUUCCCCGAGGCAAGACAGGAUCCCGGGGAGACGGCUUUGCACUUCGCUGUACGGACUUCAGACCAGACCUCGCUGCCCUUGGUCGAUUUCCUUGUCCAAAACAGUGGCUCUCUGGACAGGCAGACGGAGAGCGGGAACACUGCACUCCAUUACUGCUGUACCUACGAGAAGCCGGAGUGUGUCAAACUGUUACUCAGGGGCAAGCCACUGAUCGAUAUAGUCAAUCAGAACGGAGAGACGGCCUUGGACAUCGCAAGGAGGUUAAAAAACACACAGUGUGAGGAACCUCUGGUGGAGGCAGCGGCUGGCAAGUUCAACCCUCACGUCCAUGUGGAGUACGACUGGAACUUGCGGCUGGAGGAGAUCGACGAGAGUGAUGAUGAUCUGGAUGAUAAGCAGCCGAGUCCGGUGAAGAAGGAGCGCUCGCCUCGACCGCAGAGCUUCUGCCACUCGUCCAGCGUGUCUCCUCAGGAGAAGCUCUCGCUGCCUGGCUACUUGAGCCACAGGGACAAGCAGCGGCUCUCGUAUGGCGCCUUCGCCAACCCCGUCUACAGCACGUCCAUGGAAACGCCUGCGUCGCCUGGGGCCGACACGCCCACUCCUGCCUCCAAGAGCAGUGCCAAAGGUACAGCUCCCUCCACUGGCCCUCCCACCUCUCUCCCGCUGGGUUCUCAGCCAUGUACAAGUGGCAGCUCCACUCUUUCUAAAAAGAGGGCUCCUCCACCUCCUCCUGGAGGCCAUAAACGUACGCUCUCAGACCCCCCCAGCCCCGUCCUCCAGGGACCCCAGAGCAAAGGGAGUGAUUUAACACCUCCGCCUACGAACAGGACCUCGCCAGCUAACAAAUUUGAAGGAAUUCAGCAGCAGCAAAGCACUACUUCUAGUAAUACAAAAUCAACACUUGGUCCAAGAGUCUUACCCAAACUACCUCAAAAAGUGGCAUUAAGAAAGACUCUAGGCACGGCCCCUUCAAUGGACAAACCCAAUCAGGGCCCUGAGGUCCUGCAGAAACCUACCCAGGUGAUGGACAUGCCAACCAGAGACACCAUCACCAGACCCACAGAGCCUCCACCCAAAAUCCCACAGGCAGCUGAGAGGCCCCAACCAGCUGAGAUUCCUCCCAAACCACACGUCCUGGAGCUUCCCCCUAAACCCCAGCUCUCGGAUCUUCCCCCAAAACCACAGCUAUCAGAAUUACCCCCCAAACCCCAGCUGUCUGAUUUGCCCCCUAAACCCCAACUUAAGGAUCUGCCACCUAAGCCACAGCUAUCAGAUCUCGUCUCAAAAGUCCCGGCAUCCACAGCUACAGAGACGCCACAAAAACAGUCAACACUAGAAGAGACUGCUCCAAAGGUGCAGCUGGCAGAGGCUCAAACUCCAAGCCAGCAUUUAGAGCUUUCGCCCAGGCAGGCAAGUGAGGACACCAACGGUGCGCCAGCAGGUGUCGUAGAGAUGCCAGUCCCUCUGCCACGCAAAAUAAACACGGGGAAGAGCAAAAUCAAGAGGGUAAAGACCAUCUACGAUUGCCAAGCAGACAACGAUGAUGAGCUGACGUUUACUGAAGGAGAAGUGAUCAUCGUCACAGGAGAAGAAGACCAAGAGUGGUGGAUUGGACACAUAGAAGGUCAGCCGGACAGGAAAGGGGUCUUCCCUAUGUCCUUUGUGCAGAUUUUGUCUGACUGACAUUGUGACUGGCAGGUGUGAGGCUGCCCCUGUAGCACAAGCUUCACCCCAUUAGCCUCUCACCAGACUUUGGACUCCGCCUCUCUGUAUAGCUGCUGUAACCCAAACAAAUCUCAAGAAUCCAAAAGGAAAAAAAAAAAAAAAAAUCAACUAUCAUAUCGAAUCCAGACUCUCGGAAACAUGAAGGGUGAACCGAGUAAAGUGUGUGUUGUUAACAAACUGACGUUAUCUUGCCUACCAGUAUUACCGUAGCCAUGGCGGCCCAGCAUGCUAACCUGGGUAUGCAGUAGCUAUCCUCGGAAUUUAGCACUUAACAAUUUCUCAGUGUAUGCUGUAACGUUGUGUAUGUGUGCACAUAUGGAAUUUAUAUGUAUGUCCAUAUUAAGUGUCUCUGUACAUAUAUAUGCACAAAUGUAAGUGUAUAUUUAUGUACUUAUGUUAUGUAGGAUGUAAGUGUGCAAAAGUAUGUUAACCCCUGCUUGCUUCAGGAGCCGGACUGACUCCUAGACAUUUUUUUUUUUUUUUUUUUAAAUGUCAUUUUCAUUCGUCUCUCGAAUUCCGGGAAGGACUGAAACGGACAAAACGAGAGAGUUAAAUGAAGGUUUCACUGAAUAUUAUAACGGUGUUGUCCUCGAAUAUAGUGGCACGAUAACCAGGGAUGAAAACUUUUAAUAGUUUCAAAGCCUCUAAGCAUCUCAUCAUCUAUGCAUAUAAGGUUUAUCAAGUUAGGCUGGAUUGCUUGCUCGUCAUUAUAUGUUGUACUGAAAAGGAAAUCCAAAAAAAAAAAAACCAACCAAACAGUAACCACAUUCGUCUUCUAUCUAUACAGUACCAUGUUUAAAGACUUCUGCUCUGGAUGUGGUUUAAUUGGUGGUUAGUUGUAGUCCAUGCCACUUGGUAACCAUCCAUGCAUCUCCUCAGAGCUACUUAAUGCCAGAUCAGAUAUCACAAAGCCCCUGGAACACGUCCUUACCCAUAGGAUCAUUAUUUAAGGCAGACGGAUCCUAGUAAAACAAUCCCCCAGGUCCUACCAUUCCCCUUAGAACGCAUUACCAUCAGAACGUACAUCGACCAGCGUUGGCAUUACAGGUUCACGAUGCUCAUUUAUUUGGUCUACAUAGAAAUAACUCUGGAACUGUGGAGUUUUGUUUGUAGGUUAUUUGUAUGUUUUGGUUUUUAUUUGAAUAUGAAUUCAGGGGAAGAGAGCAAUGAGUGACGGGCAGUAACACGGCUCCGAAUGACCUUAAUGCUGCCUCUGACUUUUCCUUAACCAGGGAGACUUGAGCUUUUUAGCUUUUUUUUUUUUUUUUUUUUUUGCAUUAACAGAAGAAUAUGUAUUAGCAAAUGCUUCCUAAUUUGUUGAUAGUAUUAGCCAUUUAUAGGGCUGCAGUGUGUCCGUAUGAAAAGAGUGUAUAGAAAAUAAAAUGAAUACUCAUUUAUUUUAGAAUGUGUGACAAAUUGCAUUCGCUGUAACUGGGGUAAACCACGAUGCAAGAUUUCAGCACAAGCAAAAACAGCAGUGUUUCAUGGAGUAACAGACCUACCUGUGUGAAGCCUGUGGAACUGAGUUCCUGUUACACCCGUUCAUGUAUUUUAUGUACAUUUAAACUCUCAAUGAGCCUGUUGUUGGACCAAAUGUGUGAAAUUCAUGUUUCGAUAGAACACACUUCAUCUAGAAGUGCCAUCUUGGACUAGUCAGGAACUGGUGAUAGACUCUUGUCUGCUAAUAUUUGGAAGCAGUCAAAUGGCGAAUUUCACAAAGAACUGGAUCUGAUCCUAAUGUUAACAUAAAUAAAUAAAUAAAUAAAUAAAUUAGGAUAGAUUUACCACUCAUUUCUCAUUUGUUUCUCGUCUGUGUUUUGCUGCACUGUAUGUUUAGUCCCGAGACUCUCUCUGAUAUCAAGUUUCAUUUAGAAAUAAAUAUUUUACGUUGAAACGAA